CACAGCUCCCUCUGGGUAUCCACUUGACCCAGGAUGUUCUGGAUUGGGGUUGUGGAAAGAGCUUGCUGGCCUCUCUGGAGAAGGAUGGCCACGUGGUCCUUGUGGAGUCUGCUUCUCUGGGAAGCCCUCCUUCCCGCCGCCGUCCAUGGUGCCCAAGUGCACGGCCAGAUCGGGGGCUCCGUGCUGCUGGCGGCAGAGUGCCCCCCUGGCUUCCAAGUCCGAGAGGCCAUCUGGAGAUCGCUCUGGCCUUCGGAGGAGCUCGUGGCCACGUUUUUCCGGGGCGCCCCGGAGACCCUCUACCACUCCCGCUUCCUGGGCCGAGCCCAGCUGCACAAGAACCUGAGCCUGGCGCUCCAGCCGCUGGAGUCGGGAGACAGCGGCAACUUCUCUGUGCUGCUGGUGGACACGGGAGGUCGGGCCCGGACCCAGAUCCUGCAGCUCAAGGUGCACGAUGCAGUGCCCAGGCCCGUGGUGCAAGUGUUCAUCGCUGUGUCAGGGGACGCUCAGCCCCCCAAGACCUGCCAGGUGCUCCUGUCCUGUUGGGCCCCCAACAUCAGUGACAUAACCUAUAGCUGGCGACGGGAGGGGACCACUGACUUUGGUAUUGAGCCAAGCAGCCUCUUCACGGAUGGACAGGUGCUGAAGGUUUCGCUGGGACCAGGAGACAAGAGUGUGGCCUAUUCCUGCACUGUCUCCAACCCUGUCAGCCGGGACGUGGCCACCGUCACCCCUUGGGAGAGCUGCCAUCACGAGGCAGCCCCAGGAAAGACCUCCUACAAAGACAUGGUGCUGGUGGUGGUGCCCGUGGCCCUGCUCCUGACCCUGGCUGGUCUCCUCUCUGUCUGGCACCCCUGCUACCCAGGGAAAAAGCGGAAGGACAUCUGUACCGACAGAGUGGCUCCAGAGACGGAGAAUCCCCUUGUGUAGGGUCUGCAAAGAGGGAGGAUAUAAACUGUUGCCUGGACCGUCAGGAAGUACACGAUGCUCUGGGCCAUAGCUGGUGUCUGGAAACGACCAUGGUCCUCAUGCCUCUGGUGACACUCCUGUCCCACCUCCUGGAGCAGCCCGGGAAGCUCUUGCACUGGGAGCCACCACACGGAAAACACUGGCACAACCUUCCACGUCCCCUCCUUCUCCGCCCGCCCCCCCACCCUCCGCUCCUUGCGUGUCCUGGCUCUGCUCGGGGCAAGAUCCCAGAGCACCCCCUCCUUCACCUUUGUCUAUCUCUAUCUGGAUCUCAUGAUAAGGCCUUGGUCAUCAGGGGACAUCGGGGUCUCAAACUACAGGGGUGGGGCUGGGGCCAGAGCUGGAAAUGGGCGAUUCAGAGUUUCUCUGUUAGUUCAAAUGUCUAAUAUCUUUCAGGAUCCGGGACCCAGACUGGAUGCAAUUCUUUGGUGCCGAUUAAUACUUGCAUCGGUCUGCUAGGGCCGCCGUAACAAGAUAUCACAGAAUCGGCGGGGGCUUAAAGAACGGAAAUUCACUUUCUCGCAGCCUUGGAGGCUAAAAGCAGAAGACCGAGGUGUAGGGAGCUUUGGUUUCUUGUGAGGCCUCUCUCCUUGGCUUGCAGAUGCCUUCCUUCUCUAGGUGUCCUUCCGUGGCCUCUUCUCUACGUGUGCACGUAUCCCUGGUGUCUCUCCCUCUUUUAUAAGGACACCAGUCAUAAUGGACUAGGGCCCAUCCCGGUGACCUCAUUUAACUUUAAUUAUCUCUUUGAAGUCCUAUUUGCAAGUACAGUCGUAUUGUGAGAUCUUAGGGGUUCUCACUUGGAUGAAUGGAUUUUGAAGAGACAAAUCCAGCCCACAACAAUAGUUCAUCAGCAGUGGGGGAAGGGGGUGUGAAUGCCUGAACAGUCAAUGUCCCUGUGGAUCCUGGAGAACAUCCAGUGUCUUAGAGGGGAUGUUCUGUGAUCCCAGUGAGGAAACGGGGCAAGUUUUGAAUAUUUUCCCAGGGAAACUUCAGUCACUCACUAGGUCAGUCCUGUGCCAGGAUCUCCCCUGUUUCUCCCAGUUGCUGGAAAGUCACUUUACCUUCAACGAAUGGUCAGCACAGCUGGCCUCUAGCGUCACAUCCCCACUCCUCCACUCAACUUGUUCUGGAAUUUCCCUGCCUGCCGGCUCUGCUCAGUGGUCCCCAGCGGGUCACCGGGGCUACACCUGUCUUCUUGCCUUUCCUGCACCCACUUGUCCCCACCCAACCUUCCCCCUGUCCCCCUAAACAGUGCCCAUGGCCUCCCAACCUGGAAACGGGUCUUGCCCCCACCUGCCACCCAGAGGCAUUCCCUGUGGUCACUGAUUUCUCACGCAAAACUGGCCUCCAUCCCUAAAAAUGAUGUGAAAGAGACAGCCCAGGAACUAGCAAGGAGCCAUGGUGGCUGUGUGGAGGAAACACACACACACACACACACACACACACACACCCUGUAUCCCCCCCACUUUCUUCCCUCCAUCUCCCAGGCCCCACCUCAGAUCAGGCAAAUUCUGGAUGGGGGGUGGGACCCACAUUUCUCCCCUCAUGAGUUAACUCUUAGUGACCUCAUUUAGCCGUGGUUCUGUGAUGCGGUGCACCGGGGCCUUUUUAAAUAGGCCCACGCCGCUCAAAUAGACGGAUGCUCCCGUUCCCCACGAUACACUUGUCAGCUGGUGGACUAAUCAGCCCUCCACCGAAAAACUCAAAGAACUUCCGAGAGAACCACGUGCUAACAAGCACCGGGACCGAUGGUUUAAAGGUCACACAGGACAAACAUCGAUUGAAGGUUCGGCACGUGCUGGGUACGGUCUGAGGCAAAUCAGAAGCGGACAAAGCCCUUCCUUCAUGGAGUUUAUAUUCUAGAAAUACAAACAAGCAAGGAGGUAUGUGUCAGAGGUCGAUGGGCUCUAAUAAGAUAAAGCAGCAGGGCACCUGGGUGGCUCAGUCGGUUAGGCAUCUGGAGCUUGAUUUCAUGGUUCCAGUUAUGAUCUGGCGGUUCAUGGGUUCAAACCCCGAGUCAGGCUCCGCGCUGCUGGCACAGGGAUUCUCUCUCUCUCUCCCUCUCUCUCUGCCACGCUCUUUCUCUCUCUCAAAAUAAAUAAACUUAAAAAAAAAAAAAGAAGAUAAAGCAGAGUAAAAGGCUAGAGAAGGGUGUGCUGGGGAAGCAGGGCCCAUCUCAGAUGGGCGAGUGGGGUGAACCGUGCGGUGGGUGGGCCAAGAGUAAUCCAGAGAGC